AGAGAGAGAGAGAGAGAAAGCCACAGAGAGAAAGGACACGACACGAGUGAAAGUGGAUCAAUACGCUGUUAACGUUACGCCAGGCAGCGUGCUGCCGGAGUUCUCCUCUUCGAGACUCGCGUUUUUUGUUGUUAAAGAACAAAGAGCUAUUAGUGCAACAAACAGACCUCGUGCGGUAAAUCCCCUUAUUACACCAGAAUUAUUCCUCAUUGUGCGCCUAAUUUCUGCUCCUUUCUUGUUCAGUGUUUUCCGCCAAGUUCCGAGUGCGCGAGCACCGAGUCGCAGAAUUGCAGAAUUGUUGUCAUUAAACUACGCUGAACUACGUUUGUUGAUGCGUGGUGAAUCAUGAGUAUCCACGGUGUUGUGUCGCUGUAUGCGAGAGCGGUGUUCAACGGUGAGAAAAGGGCCUGUGAGUGACAGAAUCGUGAUUUGUUACUUGUUGGUGAGAGCAGCAUUGUCAGAGAUGGUUCACAUGGGGCUGGACAGAUAGUUAAAAUAAUGAUGAUUGAUCGUUACGCGUAGAGGAAUGGGAAGAUUCCAGUUUUGAAACUGUACAGCGAUGCACGGUGGUUUUGUGCUGUAAAGAGAGAGAACCAGCCAUGAAUCUUUCCUAUUUUGUGCACAAAAUCACCUUCAAGUCAGACCUGCGAUGCUUCCGUUUCCUCCGCUGGACCAUCCUGGUGCCUCCAGUCAUCUACUUGUCGCUGCUCGUCUUCAAGUACAACAGGGACGCGCCUCUGAGGAGCCUCGCGUCCACCACCGCCGAACAAGAUGACAAAGGCCUGGUGAUCGAGAAUCUUUUCAUGGAGCUGGAGGCGGUGACGGCGGACAAGAGGGAUCUGGAGCAUUACAAAGAGAUCGAUCGAGGCAUCAAGGACGCGGAGGAAGCGGAGAACCAGGAGAACCCGCGGACCUUGCUGGAGAACAUAUUUCAAAGAGCUGACACGAACGAGGACCGGCUGUUGGACAUCCAGGAGUUGGCCAAGUGGAUUCACACGAAGAUCACGGAUCACAUCAGCCGAGCUAUGAAAGAGAACGUUGGCUUGUUCACUGCUAUAGAUAACAACCCGCGAAACGGCGAGGUCUCAUGGGAAGAGUAUCACGCGCACUUUCUCAGAUCCCACGGAUUCCCCGAGAGUUAUGUGAGCUCGCACGACAAGAAGCACAGCGACAUGUCGCGCACGUUGAAGGAGAGCAUCAUGAGAGACAGAGCUAGAUGGGCGGAAGCGGCUAGAAACGAUCCGGAGAGACUCGAGCUCGACGAGUUCCUGGCUUUCACCCACCCUGAGAGCAGUCACAGGGCUCUGCUGCAAAUGGUCGAGGACCUGUUUGAAAAAUUCGAUCGCGAUGGGGAUGAACAACUGACGGAAGACGAGUUCUCCGAUCUACCCUCGGAGGGGGUGGGUCUAGACCUGAAGGAAGACAGACGUGAAGCGGUGGGCGGAAGUGACGACAGGCGGAAGGAGUUCAGACAUCUCAUUGACAAGAAUAAGGAUGGAAAAGCGGAUAGAACGGAACUUCUGAUGUACAUAGACCCGAGGAAUCCAAGGCACGCGAUACAAGAGGCCCAACACUUGAUAAGCGUGUCGGACACGAACCUCGACGGGAAGUUGAAUCUGUCGGAGAUACUGAGCAAAAUGGACCUGUUCCUCGGCAGCAAGAUGGUGGACACCGAGAGAAGUUUCCACGACGAGUUUUAAUUGCUCAAUUACUGAGGCGAGGAGCAACUCGACGUUUACACGUAAAGAGAAGAGAACUGAUCAUUUCGAUUAUAACUGACCCUCUGAGAGGGUUCGUCGAAACAUUCGGGCGCCAUUUUGGUACCAAAUCUCUCGAUCAUUAUUAGUGAAACACGAUGAUCUUCUCCGUACGAAAUUGCGAACGAGAGCUCUAUUUUUACUCACGCAGACAAUAUCUAUUAACGAUUUUUGAUAAUAUUGUUAAACGCAUUUGUCACUUUUAAGCAACAGUGACACGAUCAAGUGUCCCCAGAAUGAUUUUCAAUCAGCUCGUAGUACGCUUACGAAUCACGAUCGCGAGCCACGAAUUCAAAUUCGGUGCCCUCUGUUUCGUUUUCAUUCAACGUGGGUGACUGAGGGUGGCUGAGAAAUUUGUUUCCUGAUCAAUGCACUCUCUCUCAUUCUCUGACACAAUAGUUUACGUUUCUCUUCUUCUAGUCUACUUUCGCGAGUCUGGUACAUUUAUUGGGAAGCAUUCUCUAAUCGGUGCUUUCGAAACCUGUCUGUGAUAGUCGUUGUACCGUAGAAUAUCAUUUUUUACACCUGCUUUCGCAGAAGUUAUUUAUUAUCGUACCUCACUGUCAAUUCGCGCACGGAGAGAGGCAAAUUUUCGAAGGUGACGACGAGGAAACAGACUUUGAAAUCCGUCCUGUCAGUGUGGAUCUACACGUCAGCGUCACAAUAGUCAACGACAGAAUAUUCUUUCGAAACGCCAACUUUCAUCGUGCAAAGGUUUCGUGAAAUAUUAUACCUGGUAGCUUUAAUUCGUAACACUAAAAAACUGUUUGUAUAAAUGUGGGUUUUUACGUGUGGGAUCGUAGUGAGUGUAAUGUUGUCUUACGUUGGUCGAGAUCUACAAAAAUGCGAAAGAAACGAAAAUUAUGGACGUUCCAAUUUCGAAAAACGUUACGAACUUGUACUUUGUAGGACGUGUUUUUUUGUACAUUUAUGGUGGCAAUAAAAAUUAUUUAGAGAA